AUGACCGAGCAGAUGACCCUUCGGGGGACCCUUAAGGGUCACAAUGGCUGGGUUACCCAGAUCGCUACCACCCCGCAGUUCCCGGACAUGAUCCUCAGCUCUUCCCGGGAUAAGACUGUCAUCAUGUGGAAGUUGACCCGCGAUGAGACUAGCUAUGGUGUCCCCCAGCGUGGCCUCCGUGGUCACUCCCAUUUUGUCAGCGAUGUUGUCAUCUCUUCAGAUGGACAGUUUGCUCUGUCUGGCUCUUGGGACGGCACUCUUCGUCUGUGGGACCUUACAACCGGCACCACGACAAGACGAUUUGUGGGACAUACUAAAGAUGUACUGAGUGUGGCUUUCUCAGCAGACAACCGUCAGAUUGUGUCAGGAUCCCGUGACAAGACCAUCAAGCUGUGGAACACACUGGGUGUGUGUAAAUACACAGUGCAGGAGGAAUCUCACACUGAAUGGGUCUCCUGUGUUCGUUUCUCACCCAACAGCAGCAAUCCCAUCAUAGUUUCCUGUGGUUGGGACAAGAUGGUGAAGGUCUGGAAUUUGGCUAACUGCAAACUUAAGACCAACCACAUUGGUCACACUGGCUACCUGAACACUGUGACUGUGUCACCAGAUGGGUCACUAUGUGCUUCUGGAGGCAAGGAUGGACAAGCCAUGCUGUGGGAUCUGAAUGAGGGGAAGCACCUGUACACCCUCGAUAGUGGAGAUGUCAUCAACGCCCUUUGCUUCAGCCCCACCGCUACUGGCUGUGUGCAGCAACAGGACCCAGCAUCAAAAUCUGGGAUCUGGAAGGCAAGAUCAUUGUUGACGAACUAAAGCAGGAAGUGAUUAGCACAAGUAGUAAAGCGGAGCCACCACAGUGUACUUCUCUGGCCUGGUCAGCUGAUGGACAGACACUCUUCGCCGGCUACACAGACAACUUGAUCAGAGUCUGGCAAGUGACUAUUGGAACCCGCUAA